CGGACGGUUCUGCGCUUUCGCAAUAGCGUAUCACGCAAAUGACGCAGAAAAUUGCAAAAUAAAUAUAUUUGACACAAAUGACAACAAAAUAAAAAAAUAGACGUGCCAACACACAAUUCGCUGUUGUUGUGCCGUGAGUGUGCGUGCACAAAAUUUGUCUUUGAGUAUCAAUAUAAAAGGAAUAUCAAACCUGUGCCAGUUGGCGACGACAACAAUUUGCAAUUAGCUUAACCGUUUUUUUUGGAAACUCGGCUCAAUUAUAUCGCAUCGAAAAUGUCUGAUUCGGCCAAGUCAAACAACAAUAGUGCGGAUUGCGAUGGCAACGAUGGAUCAACGACGCCGCGCAGCAAUCACAACAACAACAAACUCAAAUCAACGCACAAUAGCAGCGGAGGCGGAAGCAUAGACAAACUCUCACCUGAUCAGGAUAUAUUUAUAAAUGCAGCCGACGGUCUGCCCAGCCAGCAUCCGACGUUGCCGCCCGAAGGAGAUGUGGAUAGCGAAACAGACCCGGAAGUGGAUCCGGAUUCGUUUGACGAUUUGCCCACCUCAAUUAUUGUGACCAACAUACACUCGGAGGUGUUCGCCAAUCCGGAGCUGAAGCAUGCAAUGGAGGAGUUGUUCCGCACCUUCAGCGAUUCGGCAACUUUCCAAUGGUUGCGCAGCUUUCGACGCCUGCGGGUGAACUAUGACAACGCAAUUGCGGCGGCCAAUGCGCGCAUUAAACUACAUCAAUACGAGUUCAACAAGAAGACGGUGAUCACCUGCUACUUUGCACAGCCCGUGACACCGGUCUCCAACAAGAAUCUACAGCCACCGGCACCGGUCAAACAGUUCCUUAUUUCGCCGCCAGCAUCGCCACCGGCCGGUUGGGAGCCACGCGAAGAGGGGGAACCGUUAGUAAAUCACGAUCUGUUGGCUGCAUUGGCGAGUCUGACACCCGGCGAGUCCCACGAACUCCAUCCUCAGAGUGAAGAUCAGCCAGCCAUUAUCGUGCACACGGCCAUGCUGCCCGAAGGCAACGUCGGCCUGCAACCGAAGGCAUCCAUUGUUCAGACCAAGUGUCCAGAGCGGGUGUAAAUCGACGACAAGAGAAUGCUUCGGUUUUUUAUAAUUUAAAUUGAAAUAAAGUCGAGAGUGCAUGGGCAGGCAAUUAUGGCACUAGAAGACGCUAAAAAUGCCGCACACACGUUGAAGUAUUUGUUGUAAAUAUUAUUAAAUUCGAUUGUGAUUAAUUAA